GGAUUUUCUGAACACACACCAAAGCUAGAGUAUACAUUAAUGGUAAUUAAAAUAGAGUGAGAGCGCAAUCCCAUUUGUGCUAUCACAAUGUUAUCUAUUUUGUUGUUCUUAUUCUCGUGCAUGUCUACGAUUUCUUAUUGUUCCUUAGACAGUUUAGCAGUGAGCGAAUCCAUCCAAGAUAUUAAGAACGAGACUUUGGUUUCAGCAGGUGGAAUUACUGAACUGGGUUUCUUCAGUCCACGAAAUUCAGCAAGAAGAUAUUUGGGAAUAUGGUACACAAAUGUAUCCCCUUUCACUGUGGUAUGGGUGGCAAACCGAAAUACACCUCUUGAGAAUAAUUCAGGAGUUCUCAAACUCAACCAAAAAGGGGUUCUUGAGCUAUUCAAUGGCACAAACAACAUCAUUUGGUCAUCACCCAACAGAUCAAGCAAUACAGUGAAUGAUCCAAUUACUCGUCUUUUGGAUUCUGGAAAUUUUGUAGUGAGAAAUGGAGGGGAAACAAAGGAGGAUAGCAUCUUGUGGCAGAGUUUUGAUUAUCCGGGUGAUACACAGAUGCCAGAAAUGAAGUUUGGAUGGAACCUAGAGACUGGUGUGGAAAGAUAUAUAGCAUCUUGGAAAAGUGAUGAGGAUCCUGCAGAGGGAGAAUAUGUUAUAAAAGUGGAUCUUAGAGGAUAUCCUCAAAUAAUAAAGUUCAAGGGAACUGAUAUAAAAGCAAGAGCAGGGCCAUGGAAUGGCUUGUCUCUGGUUGGAAAUCCUAUUCCAGCUCGUGGUACGUCUGUAAAAUUUGUGUUCAAUGAAAAAGAGGUGUAUUUUUGGUACAGUCUUAGUGAUGAAUUGGACUUCUUUGUGUACACACUGACCCCUUCAGGCACAGGACAAAGUUGGUUUUGGACAACUGAAACAAGGACGAGGCAAGUGGUCUCAAGUGGGGAGGAAGAUCAAUGCGAGAAUUAUGCCUUCUGUGGUGCAAAUUCUGUAUGCAUUUAUGAUGGUAACUUUCCUAUUUGUGAAUGCCUAAGAGGGUAUGUUCCUAAGUUUCCUGAUGAGUGGAAUAUAUCAAUUUGGCACAAUGGCUGUGUGCCAAGGAAUAAAUCUAACUGCACGAACAUAUACACAGAUGGCUUCUUGAAAUACAAGCACAUGAAGUUGCCAGACACUUCUUCCUCAUGGUUUGAUGCAACCAUGAACCUUGAUGAAUGUAUGAAGUUGUGCAUUAGAAACUGUUCUUGUACAGCAUGUGCAAAUUUAGAUGUUCGUGACGAAGGAAGUGGUUGUCUGAUUUGGUUUAAUGAUCUGGUUGACAUGAGGAAUUUCUCUCAGUGGGGACAAGACUUUUACAUCAGAGUCCCUGCUUCCGAAUUAGAUCAUGCUGGCCAUGGAAAAAUCACCAUAAAGAUAGCAGCAAUUACAGUUGGUGUGAUUAUUUUCGGAUUAGUCACAUGUGCAUGCAUAAUUAUAAGAAAAAAUCCAGGGAUAGCUAGAAAACUUUACAGCAAGCAUAAGCAGAAAAAGGAAGACCUUGAAUUUCCAACUUUCGAUUUUCUGGUCAUUGCUAAUGCUACCCAAAACUUUUCAACCAAAAACAAGCUUGGUGAAGGUGGUUUUGGACCAGUAUACAAGGGCAUACUGUUAGAUGGACAAGAGUUAGCAGUGAAAAGACUCGCAGAGAAUUCCGGACAAGGGUUAGAAGAGUUCAAAAAUGAAGUUGCUUUGAUUGCAAAACUUCAGCACCGUAAUCUUGUAAAGCUCCUGGGCUGUUGCAUUGAAGGAGAAGAAAAAAUGCUAAUUUAUGAAUACAUGCCAAACAAAAGCUUGGACUUCUUUGUUUUUGACGAAACCAAGAGGAAGUUGGUAGAUUGGCGCAUGAGAUUCAACAUUAUCAGUGGCAUUGCUCGAGGACUUCUCUAUCUGCAUCAAGAUUCCAGACUAAGGAUUAUUCACAGAGAUCUUAAAACUAGCAAUAUUUUACUAGACACAAAUAUGGAUCCCAAAAUAGCAGACUUUGGCUUGGCUCGAUCAUUUUUGGGAGAUCAAGUUGAGGGAAAGACUCAUAGGGUGGCUGGAACAUAUGGAUACAUGCCUCCUGAGUAUGCUGCACGUGGACAUUUUUCAGUGAAAUCAGAUGUGUUUAGUUAUGGUGUGAUAGUACUAGAGAUUGUAAGUGGGAAGAAAAACAGGGAAUUUUCAGACCCAGAAAACAACAAUAAUCUUCUUGGCCAUGCAUGGAGAUUAUGGACUGAAGAGAGAGCACUCGAACUGCUUGAUGAAUUGAUAGGAGAACAAUGCCUAGAGUCUGAAGUCACUCGAUGCAUACAGGUCGGGCUAUUGUGUGUGCAACAAAGACCAAACGACAGACCAGACAUGUCAUCGGUGGUUCUAAUGUUGAAUGGUGAAAAAUCAUUACCAAAGCCAAAGGUUCCUGGCUUUUACACUGAAUCAGAUGUUACAACCGAAACAAAUUCUUCAUCAGAAAAUCACACACUAUGCUCAGUUAAUGAGCUUUCCAUCACAAUGAUAGAUGCAAGAUAGGAAGUGGAAGCAAGAAAAUGCCAUGGCUUCACCUUCCAAAGCAGGAAUAUCAAUUUUGUCCGCUUUGGAUAAAGACGUUGAGAGAGGUAAAAGAAAAAGAUGUAUUUAAUUCUUUUUUCUUUCAAUUCUUCAACGAUGUAGAAUUAUUGACCGUAGCUAAACAGAUACGAAGCUUUAGGUUGAGAACAUUGAAACCAUUGAAACUUGUGUAUUUGGUGAAGAGAACCAAAUGUAAAGCGAUGUCAGAUUGAUAAUGUUGUGGAAAGAAAAACAAACUCUGUUAAGCA